UAUUUAAUACACCUACCUUCAAUAAUCAAUAACAUACUCUUCUUCAACCAAACGGAGGCCACCAAAAAAAUGGAAAAUCCAAAAGGAGAUGACAAAAAAAACAGUUUAGUCUAUGACAUAAGACUAACAUCAGCAGUUCCUGGUAAAAUCACAGGAAAAAACAAAACAUAUGAAUUUACAGGCAUUGAUUUAGGCAUGAAACUGCAUUACAUAAAAGGCCUCUAUUUUUUCAGCAAUAAUAAUAAUUCCAAUAGAUUUAUAAGCAGUGAAGAAACUAAAGAAGCAUUGUUCAGUUGGCUCAUUACAUAUUUCAUGGCUUGCGGAAGGAUUCGGAUGUCGAAAAGCGAGGAUGGGUUUGAAAGGCCGAGCAUGAAGCUGAAUGAUGCGGGGAUACGACUCGUGGAGGGGCAGUGUAGUAAGAGUGUUGAAGAAUGCAUCUGCCUUGCUAUGGAAGAUUUCACGUGUUUGCAGGAUCUUCUUGUGUUUGAUCAUGCUCUUGGUCCUGACUUGCAAUUCUCCCCUCUUGUUUCCAUUCAGACAACAUGGUUCAAGUGUGGAGGAAUUGCAAUUGGACUAAGUUGGGCCCACGUACUUGGUGAUCCCUUCUCUGCUUCAGAAUUCAUGGACACUUUCGGUGAAUACAUGCAUGGCCAUUUUCAGUUUCACCAACCCAAAGUUCUUACCAUUCAACAUUCUCCACAACCUAACUGCCCACUUUCAGAUCCAACCCAAGAACCCAUUUCAGUCAAACGGGUCGACCCGGUUGGUAACCAUUGGGUUCUUCCUACCAAUUGCAAGAUAGGGACCCACACUUUACUCCUUACUCAAAAACAACUUGAUCAAUUGCAUACCAAGGUAAGUGGUACCAAACAUAAUGAUGUUAAACCAACCCAAUAUUUUGAGGUAAUUACAACAAUUAUGUGGAAAUCAAUUGCGAAAAUUAGGGAUUUGAAGACGAAUUGUGUUACAGUUUGUAGACCUAUAUCAGUUAAAAGGAAAGGAUUGGUCCCACAUAAUGGGCAAUUAUUAGGUAGAAUUAAUGUCGAUUUUUCAGUGUCGAAUGCCGAUCCACUAAAAUUGAUGAAUGCAAUUGUUGAUAAUGUUGUUGAUGAGAGUGAGAUUGUGGAAAAUUUGGUGAACAAGGAGAUCGAUAAAUUUGAUUUCUAUGUUUAUGGAGCAAAUCUUACAUUUGUUGAUAUGGAAGAAGCUGAUAUUUAUAGUUUUAAAUUAAAGGAAAAUUGUCCAAGAUUUGCUUGUUAUAGUAUUGAUGGAAUUGGGAAUAAAGGAGCUGUUUUGGUGGUCCCUGGCCCACAAUAUGGUGGAAAUGGUGAAGAUCAUGGGAGUAAACUUGUUGUGUUACAUCUUCCUCAAGAUGAAAUUGAACCCUUGAAAGAUGAGUUAAUCAAAGAAUGGUGUAUUGCUUAAUUUGGAAAUUCUUUAUCAAGAAGCAUUAUUUUCAUUAAUGUUCGAUGUAAUAGUCUGAUGUGGACUUACUCUAUACUAUUUUUAUUGUGUACUUUUCGUUAAUCUUCUGUUUAUAAGUUUAUAGGACUAUAUUUAUGGAAGACCAACUCAUGUUUAAUGGGUAAGAAUUGAUCCCAAAUUAUCUUUAGAAAAGCAUAAAAUGUUGAAUGUAUUUGAUGUAAUGGUUUAUAUUAAACACUAGUUUGUUAUAAUUAUUUAUGAGACACAUGGUUUGUGUUUUAUUUUGCUACUAAUAAA